AUGAACUCGCACAAGAGUAAUAUCGCCGCUUUAAAUUGUGCCCUGUGCAAGAUGAUGUUAAUACAACCGGUGAGAGUGAAGGUAAGUGUUUUUUGCAUUAUUGCUUUCGACUUUUAGGGAUGAAUUGACAAAAAAUGGGAGAAAAUGAUUGAACUGCACAGUGCAAUAUAAAUUUUGAGAGAUAUUUUGUCGUAUGGAGUGUCGGCUGGUAUGACACUCAAAUUUUUGGAUGGUAUUAGGGACGGUGGGCCAAAUUUCAUAGCUCUGGUUAUGUUGUGUCUUUGCGAGCGAUCUGAACUUCAAAUUUCCUGGGCCGCACUGUGCAAUUGCUCUUUUUGUCUAUUGCACUGUGCAGAGAACAAAAUAAAGAAUGCUGUGGUGUUUUAUGAGCGUCCUAGAGGUCCAUGCAAAAUUUAAUAAAGUUUUGAUCGAAUUUCGUGCCCGUUGCACUGUGCAAUUUCCAAUGUUUUUUCUUCGCACUGUGCAAAAAACCGAACAUUUUUUGCACGGUGCAAUUAUAAUCAUGGUAAACCAAAUUUGUUGCGAUGUUCUCACCAACUUUUAGAGCUGUUCGCAUCGCUUCUGUGGAGUUUGUAUGCAUAGUUAUCGGCGAGCUCACCACCGCCAAUGCCCAUCCUGUUCUCACUCCCUUAUCGCGGAUGACGGCCGAGAGAAUUGGGAGCUGGAUCCCGAAUUCGAACGGAUCGUCUGCGUCUAUGUAAGUUUUUUUUGGUUUUUCAAGCCUAUGAAGGUGCGAAAAUAUUAUUUUUUCCCAAUUUUAGAGACUAAAAGAAACCCGUAAUGUUAACGGUGCCAUGACUCAAUCUCAGAUUUUAAACCUUCGAAAACAACUGAAAAUGGAAGACGAGGUGUGUGUGGUGUUAUGGCCCGAUGUGUCGGCCAGACGACUUCCUCGCGCCGCAAAUCGAGUGCGAUAUGUGAUCGUGGAUGGGACCACAACAACAGGUGGCUAAAUUAAUAUAAUUUUUGGUUGGAUUUUAGGUUUUUUUGAUGGAUCAUCUAAUCUGGGACUUGAUUUGGUCUAGAAUUUUGGGUUUUUAUUUUGUUUGAACCUGGAAAUUGCACUGUGCGAAAAAAAUAAAAUUUUUGCACUGUGCAGUCAAAAUAAUUUUUGCGUAUAGUGGACCUAAAAUUGCAUCUAGUCCACUCUACUGGGUCUAAAUUACAUUCAGUCCAAUUUUCUUCAGUUUCGAGCACAAAUUUUUUUAAAUUUCAAAUUUUUAUAUUAUCCAUGACACUUUUCCAUUUCAGUCCACCACCUAGCCAAUUUCAUCCUGAUCCGAACGAAAGUGGAAACCAAAAACCCCGACCCCAAUCCUGACGAUUUUCUAGUCGAAUUCGCGCCGGUGAUCUUCGACAAACCCGACUUUUUGCCCGACCAACUCCCCUCCACGGCCGUUUUGUUCCGACCGACCCAAGAGAAGCCGUCACGAAGGUCUAUCGACUCCAUAGACGCAAAGGAACCACCCUUCAAGACCCCGAAUCAAAUGCUGGCCAUCCAGUACCCCUUUCGACCACUGCCCAACGAGAUGAAAAUGAGCGAAGUGAAGCGACAGUACUACCGCAACACCAGAAAGACCUUCAAACUCCUGUUCCGGAUAUUCCGUCGACAUGAAAUGAAUGGAACGCAUGUGGAAUGUAAAAAGUAAUGUCUGGGAGGGAGUUUUGGGAUUUGAAAUUUUUUGAAAAAAUUUUUUUAAUUUUUGCGAAAAAGCGAUGUGGUAUGUUUUAAAUUACCUCGAGAGUAAGUUUAGAAAAAUUUACGACCGAUUUUUUCAAUAAAAUUUCAAAAUUUUCGAUUUGAACUCAAAAUGUCUUGAGGAAUUCUCCAAAACGCUAUUGAAAAUUUCUAAAAUUGUAAUAGAUUUUUUUGGGGAAUUUUAUGUUAAAAUUUUCUAUCGAAAAUGAGAUUUUUUCCUCGAAAAAUUUGAAAACACCGAUUUUUUAACUUAAACCCCUCAUAUUUUGAUUGUUUCUGCAUAAGCAUCCGGAAAAUUUCUGAAAAUUGUUAACACACUUUGAUUUUGAUCUAUCGAAAAUUUGAGCAAAAUUGUACAGAAAAUUUUUGAGUUAUUCCAAAAUUCCCCACCCAAAUCCCAUGGAAAACCACGUUUUUAUAACAUGAAUAUAGUCGCGAAACCGCCUUAUCCCCUUGUCGCCUUACAAAAGAUUGUCUUGGCUCGCGCCGAAAACCCUAUUGA